CAACUUGAAAUGAUCUCUCUCUCUCUCUCUCUGAAAUAGUUCUCAGGUUGAUUUCUUGAACAGGAAGAAACUGAUUGCAAAGUGUUUAUCAAAUGUCCGCAAAGCAGGAGCUUAUGUCCUUAGCCAUGAAGAGAACUAGUGAAUGGAUAUCUUCUCAGGAAAUUCCUUGUGACAUCGCUGUUCAUAUAGGAGAGACUUCGUUUUCACUUCACAAGUUUACAGUUGUGUCAAAAUGUGGGUUUCUAAAGAAACUUGCUUCCGAAACAAGCAACGAUUCCAACAUCGCCGUAAUCAAAAUCCCAGAUUUUCCCGGAGGUGCAGAAGCAUUCGAGCUAGCAACCAAAUUCUGCUACGGAAUAAACUUCGAGAUGAACACAGAGAACAUUGCAAUGCUGCGUUGCGCAGCAGAGUAUCUAGAGAUGACAGAGGAACACUCUGUUUCAAACCUCGUGGAGACAACAGAGGUUUACUUGAACGAAGUGAUCCUCAAGAGUUUAUCGAAUUCGGUUAAAGCUCUGCGAAAAUCUGAGUGUUUGUUGCCUAUGGCCGAGAGAGUGAAGCUCGUGAGCCGUUGUAUAGAUUCAAUAUCCUAUGUAACUUGUCAGGAGAGCCAGAGCAAGGAGGAUAUAGUUGACUGGUGGGCUGAGGAUUUAGCUGUUCUAAGGAUUGAUAUGUUUCAACGUGUAUUGAUUGCGAUGAUGGCUAGAGGGUUUCAGCGUUACGCGCUUGGUCCAGUGCUUAUGCUAUAUGCUCAAAACGCUCUUAGAGGGUUGGAGAUUUUUGGGAAUGGGACGAAGAAGACGGAGGCAGAGCAAGAACAUGAGAAAAGGGUGAUUCUUGAAACAAUUGUUAGUCUUCUUCCGAGGGAGAGAAACGCAGUUUCAGUGAGCUUUCUUUCGAUGCUUUUAAGAGCUGCGAUAUACCUCGAAACCACGGUAGCUUGUAGGUUUGAUUUGGAGAAGAGAAUGGGAUUACAGUUAAGACAGGUCGUGCUUGAUGAUCUCUUGAUUCCUUCUUACUCAUUCAACGGAGACAACACAAUGUUUGAUGUUGAUACUGUUCAACGCAUCCUCAUGAAUUAUCUUGAGUUUGAAGUUGAAGGAAACUCUAUUAGUUUUGCCACUGAUAUCGGUGAAUUGAUGAUGACUUAUCUGGCUGAAAUUGCUUCUGAUAGAAACAUAAACCUGACGAAAUUCAUCGGGUUAGCUGAAUGCAUUCCUGAACAGUCUAGGAUUACUGAAGAUGGGAUGUAUCGAGCCAUAGACAUCUACCUUAAGGUGCAUCCGAAUAUAAGUGAAAUGGAGAAGAAGAAACUUUGUAGCUUAAUGAACUGUAAAAAGCUAUCGCAAGAAGCUUGUGCUCACGCAGCUCAAAACGAACGUCUCCCUAUAAAAACCGUAGUUCAAGUUCUCUACAACGAGCAACAAAGUCUCCGCCAAGUUCUAAGUGAUUCAGAUUCUUCAGCAGCUGCAACCUCAUCAGAGACUCUUUAUCCUUUUAAGCUAAGCUCCUACAACAAUGAGCUCUCCAUACUAAACCGCGAAAACCAAGAAUUGAAGCUUGAGUUGCUCAAGGUGAAAAUGAAGGUCAAUGAGUUGGAGAAGGAUAAAGAUUAUGAAGUCAUGAGUGGUUCGGAUUGGUCUCCGGUUACAACUGCUUCGGUGGUUAAGCCUCCAUUACCGAGAAAGUCAAUUAUAAGCUCUGUCUCUCGGAAACUCGGAAAGCUUAACCCUUUUGGCCUCACACAAGGACGAAUCAAACCACCUAAAGACCGAAGACAUUCUAUUUCUUAGAAACAAUCCAUAAACACUUGUCCUUGUUGCUGAGAAAAAAAAAAGAGUUUUCUCUGUAUCAAAAUAUGAUUUGAUGUUUGGUUGUGUAUAGAGAGCGCCGAGAAUAUGUUGAGUUUCGAUGUGU